ACACACUGACCUAGUGAUUGUGUUGUUAUUCUCUCGGAGAUCAGAAGCCGUUGCAUACUUUUGCAGUGUGUAGUGUGUAGUGUGUGAAUUCUCACUCGGUGCUAAGUGGAAUAAACAGGAAAACCGAAAGUGUUCGGAACAGGAUGUGCUUUUCUUAGUUUGCAAACACAUCAGUAGAUUGAUCAAUGCUAGAUAUUGGACAGUUACUUUUGUAUGUGUAUCUUUAUGACAAGCAUUUGACCUUAUAAUUCCUCAUAGCUGUGUACGAUCAGCCGUCAAACAUUUUGGGUGUUCAAAAACGUGAUAUACUUAGGUAGCAUUUAACGGAUGAGUUACCGGAGAUAUUUUAAUCGGUUAAUCCACGCGAGUGUGUAGUUGACGCGAGGCGUGUACACUGAACAGUGCUCGAGUGAGUGCUUUUCACAGUGUGACACCUGCACGUGCGCUCAGUUUCAAGCAUAUUCCUCUCAGGUAAAUAUUACUCACCUGGACACGUGAUGUGUUUGCUGGACAUGGAGACUCACGUGUCAGCUACGGACUGGGUAGGGUGAGCCCUAACCCGUGUUUUGACCCCGUCGUACUGACCCCUAACAUCCUUGACCCCGCGUCUUGACCCCUAUGGGAUCACACCCCAUCUGACCCAUGGCCACGCUAUCGAGCCCGGACAGCGACGACCCCUUGGGGAUCGGGCGGAAGAUGGGCAUGCACCACCACUGCCCCCACAUCAUCAUCAGCGGCAGCACCAACAACAACAACAACAACAGCAGCAGCAAGAACUACCAGCAGGAUCCUCUGGCUCACAAGCACGUGGAGGAGAACAUCGAGAGCUUUCUGGAGACCUUCAAACACAAGACCUGGUGUGUGGACAAAGGCGGGCUGCUUGACCGCCGCCCCAGCUCCGACUCGGGCGACUCCUCCACAGGCUGGACUAGCUCGGCCCUGUCCACCACUGACGACCUGUCCACGGACAGCCCGGAGCGGGACAAUGACAUCCCUUCCGGCGCGGUCGGCCACACGUCUUGGAACGACCGGGAAGGCAUCAUCGCUGAGAGCAGACGGAUCGCACGGUGGGCGUGGCGUCAGGCCAGGUUCGCCGGAAGUCAGGAAACGCCCUGCGCAUGCUCGUACCACCCACCGCAUCCACUCAACCGCGAUGCCCAGGAUGAGUUUGUGGUAAUCGAAUCCAAAGACGACAUAACAGGAAGCGCCAUGGAUGAAACAGUACAACAGUACAAAGUAAUCGACGUAGCUUCGCUACUCCAGACAAAGUACGCCAUACUUUCUGGAGGAAAAGCCAAAAAUGGGGCGCCCAUAAUGACAUUCCCCGCCCGCCCCGGACUGCCCGAUGUACCAGACGAGGAUUAUGGGAAGGUAGUUUCCUACCUGUGUGGGAUUACACCGCUUCACGAGUCGGAGGCCGGGUUUGUGAUAGUGAUAGACAGACGCCAAGACAGUUGGGGCGCGGUCAAGGCCAUCCUACUCAAACUCUCGGCGUUCUUCCCUGUCCACAUUCAAGUCGUGUUCCUGCUGCAGCCAAAAGGUUUCUUCCAGAGGGCGUUUGCUGACUUCAGGUCAAAGUUCGUCAAAGAGGAACUGGAGUUCAAGGUUGUGUUGUGUGACAGUCCAAAAGACAUGGAGGAUUACAUUGAGACAGCUCAGCUGACCUUAGAUGUGGGCGGAGAACUGGAGUUUGAUGCCAGUGAGUGGACGGAGCACAGAUCUGCUGUAGAAAAGUUCUCCAAGAACACCGCCCAGAUCUCCACCAACCUGUCUGCUGUGGUUAAGAAAAUGGAGGAGAGAGAGCUGCCCAAUGACGUCACUGGCACAGAGGCGGUGAUGCGUGUCUGUAUGGCGGAGAGGAAGGAACUGCUGGAGGAUAUAGACAGCGCUUCAGCCCACGGGGAGACUCUGCUCAAGUGCAUCAAGGGGGACAACUCUAACACACCCUUGACAAAACUCUGCCAUGUCUUAGAGCUGGAGAGGUUGCUGGUCCAGCUGGAUGAGAGCAGAACUGGGUUUGGUGAGUUCUGGCACAGACACGAGGCCAAAUUAAAACAGUGUCUGGUUGUCAGACGGUUUGAAGAGGAGUUUAAGUUGGUUCAGUUCUCCAUGGAGAGGAGAUUAGAAACAUUGGAGUCCCAAACAGAAGAGCUGGGUAACUCUGUCAUGCACGUGGAACAGCUGAUCAGAGAUUUUGAUAAAUUUGAGGAGGAUUCACAAAAAGAUCUUGACCAGACGGACAGAAUGAGAGCCAGGGGUGAGCAGCUAAUGAUGGACGAGCACUACGCAGUGGAUUCCAUCCGGCCCAAAUGUGUGGAGCUACAGCGCAUGUGUGAGCAGUACAAGGAGCUGCUCAGGAAACGGCGCGAGAUGCUGACCAAGUCACAUGACUUGCAGGAUAGACUGGACAGGGCCAACAAAUGGUGUUCCAAUGGUGUGGAUCUUCUGGCCGGUCAAGCCGUAGACAAACUACAGACACAACAAGGGGCACAAUCAGCCCUGCUGGAGAUAGAAAAAUUCUUGCGGACCUCCAGGGAACUGAAGCUCAACAACCCUAAGGAGUUCAGACAGCUGUUUGAGUCCAUGAUGACUAAUGAGACAAGGGCAACAGUUCAACAAAUUCUCAAACGGAUGGAGGACGUUCAGGGCAUGUGUGAGAAGAGAAAAGACAGCCUGCGGCAUUUUAUUGACCCUCGACCCCGGCCAGUUCAGCAGGUCAACCCAGAGCCCCACCCCAUGCCCGGCCACCCACAAAGAGAAACCAGAGAGAAUCAAACCUUAAAGCCACCCACUGACCACGUGGACUCUAACAACAUCGGCCACCAGAGAACGGCGUCAGACGGCAAGAAACCUGUGGUUUCUUUAGACAAAAGUGUCCGGUAUCGACCAGACGCACCAACCUUACACCCCGCCACAAGGGGGGUAAGCAAUGCUAGUGAUUUCUCUUUCACAGCUGGUGGGAUGGUAACAAGAUCCGCUUCCAAUGUUUCCUCAUCAUCAACCACAGACACACACAUCAGCUCCCUCUCAUCUGCUUCCAUGUCCUCAUUCCCAGACACAGAAGGCUUGCAGUCUAAAAGAACGCAUGUCAUGAAUGAACUUAUUGAAACAGAGGAAGCUUAUGUGAAUGAGCUCAAUCAAAUACUGCAGGGAUACUACAACAAGAUGGAGGAUAGGUCUCUCCAGAUGAUGAUCCCUCCGGCUCUCCUGGGCCAAAGAAAUAUUUUAUUUGGAAAUCUCCAACAGAUAUACAACUUUCAUAAAGACACUUUUCUGCAUGAGUUGAAAGCAUGUCAUGAUUGUCCCUCACUUGUUGGGAAGUGUUUUGUGAAUAGGAAAGAAGAGUUCCAAAUGUAUAGCAUUUACUGCCAAAACAAACCAAAAUCUGAAGCUCUUCGUGUAACUGUAGGUGACAGUAACCCAUUCUUUAAAGAGUGUCAGAGACAACUAGGCCACAGACUACCACUGGGAGCUUAUCUGCUCAAACCUAUCCAGAGAAUUACUAAAUACCAACUGCUGCUGAAAGAAAUGCUUAGAUUCAAUGGUGAAAGUCCUGAAUUAGUGUCUGCCUUAAAGGAAGCUUUAGAUACAAUGUUAUCUGUGCUGGCCUAUCUCAAUGACAGCAUGCAUCAAGUGGCUAUCAUUGGUUAUGGGGAGAAUAUUUCAGAUUUAGGCAGAUUACUGAUGCACGGGUCAUUCAGAGUGUGGACUGAGCACAAACAUGAGAGGAUACGAGACAUACGAUUGAGGCCAAUGCAACGCCAUGUUUUCCUAUACCAAAGAGCUCUACUUUUGUGCAAAAAGAAAGAUGAGCACCAUGGCAACAAUGAUCAGCCAUCUUAUACAUUUAAAAAUAAACUAAAUCUUUCACAAGUGGGUCUGACUGAAAAAAUCAAGGGAGAUAAGCGGAAGUUUGAACUUUGGUUACGUGGCAGGGAGGAAGUCUACAUCAUUCAGGCUCCUGAUUUGCAGACCAAAGAUGUCUGGGUCAAGGAAAUAAAAAAAGUUCUAAUGACACAGUUUGACCACCUCAAAGCAAACAGAAAAAUGGGAUCCCAGAAUAUACUGACUGACAUCACACCUCAACUGUCCAGUGAUUCUUCUGAUUACAGCUUAGACAACUGGAGGUCCUCAGACUCUGAGAAACAUUCAACAGUGCCCAUAGGUCUUGAGAUGUGUUCCCCUGCCUCCCCUCCCUACCUCACAGACAGGCAGGAGGACGAGGAAGACUAUGAGGAAGAGUUUGACCGCGGCUGGUCAUCUAGUGAGUUCUCCAACACAGACGACGAGACAACGCCGCAGUACAUUCCAAAAAUUGAACCCUCGUACAAAGAACACUUUAUUUCACUUGGGGAGUACUCAGUGAUUGACCCCACAGAGCUAGGCCUACAGGAGGGGGAUGAGGUGGAGGUGAUGAGGACGGGGACCAAUGGCUGGUGGUAUGCUCGCCAUUUAAGGACCAACCAAGAAGGUUGGGUGCCAUCGACGUACCUUGAGCCUGUAUCUAGAGGAAACACCUUGUAUUCCAGUUCAGAUUCUCUGUGUGUGGCUGGUGCAAGAAGCGAAAUGAUCCGAAGUAGGUCAUCCAGUCCUUACUUCCGCAACAACAGCCCUGUUCCAGAAACAACCGUAUGAAAAAACAGCUUUGAAACUGUUUAAUUUAUUUUGUUAUGAAAGGAGUCUGAAUUGAUUCAAGAAAUACAGUGCAAUAUACUUAUUCUGCCAUACUUAGCUAGAGAGAGUAAAUAUUUAACUUCUGUUUGUGUCAAAUGUGUGUCAAGUCAUAAGAAGUAAACAAGCAUUGUCUGAGGCUUAAAUGUUGGGGCAUAUUUUUGUAUUUGUUUAAUGCCAUGCUAAGACUUUAUGCUGAUUGUUGCCUGCCUGAAAAACCAUUUAUGGAACCAUUUUAAAAUGUACAGUCUGAUUUGAUUUCAUGUGAUGUGGGCCAAUGUGGAACCAUUUUAAAAUGUACAGCCUGAUUUGAUUUCAUGUGAUGUGGGGCCAAUGUGGAUCUUCACAGCUCUAAAUAAGCUGCUAUGUCAAAACUUAAGCUAUUUUAUCCUUUAGUUUUUCAAUAAAGUUAUGAAUACUAAACUAAUUAAUAAUUUGAAAAUGUUAAUUAAUAAAUUAUACAGUUUGUGCCACAAAUUGUAUCACUAGAUAGACCAAUUUUCUAGCUAUGUUGUUGACUUAAUACAUAGGUUAGUUAGAAACUCUGCAAUUAUUUUAGAUUUACACACAAAAGGUUGUGUUUAAUGAAGAAAAAUUCUAAAUAAAUACUAGUAUAAAUAGGCUCCUCUUUCCAAGUGUUGAUUAAAGUUAGUAUCUAAUGUUAUGAAUUAAGCUACAAAUAUUAUGAAAGAACUUGAUUUUAAAUAAUUUAAAAAUAAUGGUUCAAAGUUAAGACAACCAUUUUUUUCUACUGAUCAAUACUCCAAACUAGCUGAACAUUUUUUGUUGAUGUUCCUUUGGCUUUCUUUGUAUUUUUUAACAAGCAGUUCCAUUAUAUAUUCAGGUUGUGAGAACAAUAUUCACAUUAGCUUAGUAAAGGCUAUAAAAGAAUAUUAAGACUUUAUUUCAUGUUUGCAACAAUUAAUGUCAUUUUCAGUAUUGUACUAAGACUAUUAGAAAAGGAUUUUUCUAUGACUUCAAUGCAUAUAUGUAAAUAUCAUUGUACAUAACAGAUUUGACAAGUUUUAUUUAUUUUUUUGUUGACAUUCCAAUUUUUUAAUGGGUUCAAGUUUUUGACCAUUAAUUUAUUUAUAACUUUUCUUCAUCAGAGUCUUUAUCUAUUUUAUGUGAACAGAAAUAUUUCUUUUUGAAUACAGAUAUACUCCAACUAUUUAUAAAGUAAACAUUGCUUUCUAAAAAAAUUUUUAUACCAACAAAAGUGUAGAAAAAUUAGUAAAUCAAAAUAUCAUACUCCUAAAAUUCCUCUAAUUCUUGCCAAGAAAUUACCAUCUUUUUGAAAUCAUUUGUUUUCUUCACCCACUUCAAAUUAAUAUAAAAUCUGCUGCAUUUAAUUUCAUAACUAUUUCACUUAAUACUUUAGUGUAAGCAAGACAAUUGUGUUUGCUGAAGAGAUGUCUUACAAAAGUGUCUUUCUUUAUACAAUAAAAGAUACUGGUGAUAUAGAAUGCACACUAGGUACUCUUAAAGAUUUGUAAUAUUAUUACAAUUAAUUUCAGAAAUUUAAAUAUGCUAAUAAAAUUUGGUUUUCAAUAAUUCAGUUAAUUACAAAAUAGUUUGUAUUUUAAUUUUGUUGUGGUCUUCAAUAAUUCAGUUAAUUACAAGAGAGUUUGUAUUUUAAUUUUGUUGUGAAGUAAUCAAAGAACUGUGAUAUGUGUGCUUACUUUUAUGACAAAGUGUGCCAGUUGUGUGAUACCAAAAGCUGUAUUUUAUGCUUAAAUUACAGUUUAAUUUUUAAAGUUUUUUUCCUAAAUUUAACCAUGUUACUGCCUCUUUAUAUUUUUUUUCUAACCUUUUAAGAAAAAGACUUCCACUUCCUUCAUUACUUCCUUUUGUAAUUAUCCCAGUGAGUGACUAAUUGUAGCAUGGCAACAUUUUCUCUUCCUCACAUCCAUAACUUUAGAAUUUAUCCAGAUGUCUUUUUAUUCAGAUAUCUUUUGCUUUUAGACAAGAACUGCCCUUAACAUUUAGAUAUACUUUGCUACUAGAAUCAACUUGUAGUUUAUUGUUGUAUUUAGUAGGGAGAGAAUCUCAUGAUUGCCAGUCAGAGACUGAAGAAGCCAUCUGUCUUGGUUGUUUUAUAAUGCUGGUUCUGCAUGUUAGGACUAAACAAGUACAUCAUAUGUAAUAAUAUGUGAUUGUCUGGCUUUAGUAAAUCUACUUAUAAUAAAGUUUGUUUUUUAUAAACAAAGUCACAUGUAAUUGAUUAGUACUUGAAAGUUGGG